AUGGACAUAUACGGCUCCAAGAAGCCCAUGGUCGACCUGGACGACACAGGCCAGCCGCCGGCCCACGGCGCAACCACCGGCGACGUCGGUAUCCUCAAAUCAACCCUCCUCCCCUCGUUCACCCUCCACACAGGCUUCUCCAUCGCAUCCUUCAUCGCGGCACGAGCCACCGACCGCGGCGAACUCAAAGACUUCGCCUGGCCCUCCAGCCAAGUCGCCAACGCCUGGUGGAGCGCCGUCGGCCGCCAGAUGUGCCACGACGGCGUGCGCUUCUGCACCGCGUGGCGCACGCUCCCCUGGACGGAGAAGGUGCUCCUCAGCUCGGUGACGCUCUGGGGCACGCGACUAUUCUACCGGAUUGCGUCGCGGAGCGUCGCGCGCGGCCGCGACGACCCCCGCUACGACCAGCUGAAGGCCAAGGACCCCGGGUUCUGGAAAUCGGCCUUCUGGAAGCUGUUUCUCCCCGAGGCGGUAUUUUUGACUUUCAUCUCGCUGCCGUUUAGCCUGCCCUUCCGCCUGACCGCGUCGACGCUGGACUUGUCCGCCGACGCGGCGGGCACCGUGCGCGCGCUCGGCGUCGCGCUGUUCAGCGCGGGCUUUGCCCUCGAAGCCAUGGCUGAUGCGCAGCUCGAGAUGCAUCGGCAGGAGCGCACGGAUCUGUGUCGGCAUGGUGUAUGGAGCAUUGUCCGGCAUCCGAACUACCUGGGUGACACGCUGGUGCACCUCUCGUUCGCUGUCAUGAACGCGGCCAACGCGUUCAGCCCCCUGGCGCUGCUGGGCCCGCUCGCUAACUACCUCUAUCUCCGCGUGGUGGGCGGCGACACGCAAGAGGAGAGCCAGGAGGCGCGGUACAAGGCGCAGGACCCGCACAAGUACAAGCAGCUGCAGACGUGGCGCGCCGAUAAGAACAGCUUCUGGCCUGGCUUGUCGGAGCUGGCGAACCCGUGGACGUGGGUUGUGCUUGGGAGUGGGUUGGUUGGUGUUGUUGUUGAGGAAGGGAUUCGGGGGUGGUUGCAGUAA